AGAAUUUUGAGCAAUUUCAGUUGACGGGAGACACUCAGGAAGUGAACAACUGAUAUCGAUAGAAAAAAGAAACCAGAUCAACUACUCCUACAAACAAUUGUUUGUCUAUAGUUACCUAUUCACGAGAAAUUUAGUGACGGACUGAUAAGUGAGGCCUUGGGACAAUUCAAGGAAGUCCACUCCAUUUCUAGCCAUUCAACAACACCCACGCAAAUACGUCAGGAAGUCCGUAGUUGACCGAAACCACGAGGGUCAAUAUGCUUCCCAUGGUUUCCCUCUCCCUGUGCCUGUCCCUUCUCCUUGCCCUGUGUCCAUUGUCCUCGUUGGCGUUCAACAUCGUGAAAACCUCGUUCCAAGAGGAGGUCGCCACCGGGGACACGAUCAAACUCAGCUGCAAGACAGAUGGCUACUAUGAGCAUUGCGUGUGGCGCCACAAGUCUGAAGUCUGCGAGUACGAGUGGAAGAAGAGCCACGAUGCCGUGCUCAAACAGCGAUGCUCCCACCGAAUCGAUGACCGCAUCCGAUUCGUGGGCGAGUACUACAAGCACGAGUGCUCCAUUGAGAUCGCCCAGGCUGAUCUGGAGGAUGCGGGGAGUUGGGAGUGCGAAAUGGAGAGCUAUGUUUGGGGACCCGCUUCAGGCACGACGGACAAGAAGACGCUCAAGCUAAAGGUGACCGAUCCGGCACAAGUUAUCAUUCCAGAGCCCAUCGACCCAAAAAUCGAGCCAAAUGUUGAUUUAAGCACCAAAGAUCCCAAAGAUGAUACCAAAGAUGUGAUUGAAUCCAGUACUCAACCCGAAACACCCUCCACUCUUUCAAUAACCCCAACUUUGGACAUCAUCCAAACGACAACCCUGCAAGACGACUUCAUUGACACCAAACCUUUGAACGAAUCUUCGGAUGGGUCCAAGAUGGGACCAACGUACUCCGAUAUUAGCCCUCGUAUUGGAAUUCACGAGCCGAUUGACGCCGAGGAAGACUACGUGGCCAUUAUCAAUGAUGAUGAGGACUCCAUUCCUUUCAUUGGCACCAUCAUUGGUGGCUCUUUGCUGUUGGUGCUUUGUGUGUGCAUUGCCGGAUAUCUGAUCCUUCGACAACGCCGUCGUCAACUCUUGAUCAGUGAUUGGAAAGACCAUCAAUCCAAGUCCAAUCCCAAGAGUUCAAGUUGUAAAGUUGAGAUGAACACCAUCCUGGAUGACGUGGAUGACAUCACGGGUCCUUAUGAUAAUGAUCCGGAGAUGAACCACCCGAGUCCAUUAACUUCCAGGAGUGAGCUUUAGUACUGGUUAGUACUGGAAUGUGUCAUGGUAGAAAUACAAGUCGUGCUCAAUGAUCUCUUUUUAGAUUUUCGGCUUGAUUGUGUUAAUAAAAUGUCAUCCAAACUUGGAGAAUGAUCUCCAGAUUUUCUCUCUGGAAGCCUUA